GUGUAAUUUUUGCUGUGAUGAGUGACAGUGCUGAGAAGAGACACAUCAACAACUUCAACUGCACACGCAAUCCGACUCCGGACGUUGCGUGUGUCGAGUGGGUAGUCACUUUGACGGCAACGGCACUGAUCAAUAAAGUGGGCAUACUCAACUCAUUUCGAACUCGUUCGUGAAUGGGAAAUUUGUGCUUUCAUUUUGAGUUCGCCAUUUAAAAUGGAUUCAUGGAACACUUCGCUGUUAACACUUAACGACGAUUGUCUGGACAAUAUUUUCGUAUACUUUUCACUGGACCAGCUAAUGGUUAUUUUUGGUAAUGUACAUCCUAUAAUCGAUGAUGCCAUUGAACGACAGUUCCACAGAUUUCGUCACUUUGAGUUCAGUAUGCGGUUCCCGCCACAAUAUAAUGGAGAACAGUUGCAGGCACUUGGUCGACACUUGCAAAGCCUUAAUGUUAAUGUGGGUUAUUCCAUUCGAUCAGACGAGGUACUCAUCCUUCUGCAUCAACUCUUUGUGGGAGCAAAAGAAGGUGGACGACUCCGAGCACUCAAAAUUCAGCAUGCCAACAUAAACAGCGAUUAUGUUAAGGAAAUCCUAACAAUUGCUACUACACUGCGCGAAUUGAAUCUCAGCCGUUGCGACAUUGAGGAUCAGAAUCAAUUGAUGUUGCUGUUGCACUCUGCAAAGAAGUUGGAAACCUUGGCUUUAUACAACAAAGAUGCGGCCAGUCUGGAUGAAGCAAUCCUCAGUCGUCUGAGAUAUUUUAAAAUCAAUUGGCUAGUAGGCACAACCAUGUUUAAUGUGGGUGAAGUCAGUGAAUUGCAUCCUCAUUUGAGCAUCACUGUCUACCAGUCCAGUAACGUUGACGUCUACGGCCCACCUGUCGCGGGAAAAACUAGAUAUUUUCACCAAUAAAUUAAUUGCAAUUAUUGAGAUUCAA